CGUCUCCCGCAGGCCCAGCGGGGAACCGGCCGCUCCCGCUCCUUACCGUCUCCCGCAGGCCCAGCGGGUACCGGCCGCUCCCGCUCUGGUCCUUACCGUUUUCCGCAGCCCCGGCGGGAAACCAGCUGCUUACCAUGUCGGACACACUUAUCGUUCAAGCCAAUGAAUCGGCCGUCAACGUCAACUCCGAUGUCGCCGAGGAGAGAAUCGCCGCCCGCCGCAUUCGGAUUGCCCAGCGGCUGGAGGAGAAGAGACGGGAAGCGCUGGAGAGAAUUUAUGGUGUUGAGGAAGAUGAAAAAGAAGAUCUAAGUAAAAGCUGCAAGCAGGUUAUAGACUCGCAACAGAAACUAAUUCAGCUGCAAAGAGAUGGGACAUCAUUGGUCACAAAUGUGCAAAUUGCUGAAAAUUCAAGAGAGGUACAGCGGAGGAACACAGAAAGAGAAAUGCAAAAGCAUAGGUCUGCAAAGCUGGAAAAUGAAGCAACAUUGAGUGAAGAAAAAUUUGAGAGUAUCACAAAGAAAUGGCUGACGGCAAAAGCCCGUAAAAUUCCACAGGAUCUGCGUGACAUUCUAAUCAAGCAGCAACAGAGCUGUUCUGAGUUAAUUGAGGGGAAAAACAAGCUGAUUGAUACUUUGCAGAAGGAAUUAAAGUCAAGUGAUGAUCAGUAUGUGAAAGACCUGAAGAAAGCAGCUGAUGACAUUGAUCUGUUGUUAGAAAGAAUGGAAGAACAAAUAAAGACCUUAUCAAGGUCCUACAGAGAUGAAUUGAUGCAGAUUGAGAAAGCAUUUCAGCUGGAACGUCAUGAGCUAAUGAAAAGUAAUCUUGUGAUGUGGGAAAAGAAAAUGCAGAUGCGAAGAGACAAAGAGAUUGAGUUUCUGAUGGCGCGAAUGGACAAAGUGGAGCAAUAUGAGAAUCAACUUCAGCAGUUGCGGGUUCAGGAUGCAGAGGAAUACAAUAUGAUAAAAAUUAAGUUGGAGACUGACGUAGAGAUACUAGAACAGCAGCUAGAGCAGAUGAAAGCUGUAUACCAACUAAACCAAGAAAAACUUGAGUAUAACUUCCAGGUGUUAAAGAAACGUGACGAAGAGAACACAGUCACAAAAUCACAACAAAAGAGGAAGAUUACCAGGUUACAUGACAUUCUGAACAGGUUGUUGGGAAGAUUGGCUAAACAAGAGAAAAUGUAUCGUGAAGAGAAUCAGAACCUAAGUGACCAAUACAAGCGGACGGUAGAACUAUAUAAAGACCUUCAGAAGAAAAUGAGACAUUUUGGUGCAAUUGAUGCAAAGAAAUUUGAAGGUGUUUGGUUAAUGAAUGAGAAAGAGGCAAAGGAUCUAGUCAGAAAGGCUCUCGAUGUUGAUCGAAUAAUCCAUGAGCAACAAUUGGGAUUGAGUUGGACCAGUCCAGAUCUUUGUUUCAUGAAUAAUGUUGGACCAAUUGUAUGCAAGACUAAGAAGAAAAAAUCAGCUGCUGAGCUGGCAGAAGAAGUUAUUCUCGGAGCAGAGAGAAAGGAAAGAGAUUUGGAUGAUGAAGCAGAAACAGGCCAUAAAUCAUUGUGGAGUGCUGUUUUCCAAAACAUUUGUUAUUCAGCCAGUGAGGAGAAAGCAUUGGAAUUAUGUGGUGGAACACCUGGAAAUAUCUCAUUGUCGACUGUCAAAACAUUGCUAGAAGUCUUGUGUGAUGAGUCUGGUUUCCUGAUUGAAAGCAAGCUUCUUAAAAUUCUUACUCCCCUCAAGAAGGAUGAACAAUCGCUAAUAAAACUGGAUGCCAUUUUCGCUGCUUUAGGAAUAGAGAAUGAAGAUGAUAUCAUCAAGUUGACAGAGUUCUUCAUCAAGCAUUGUAAGUCUUCUAACCUUGAAUUAGAGAAGGAGAAUGAAAUAUUGUUAAAGAGACUUGAUAAAGAAGUACAAGAAGAAUUUGUGGCUAGUGUAGAGAUGCAACAAGCUGGUAUGGGACCAGAAGAAGAGGAAGAAGUUUGUGUAACGGAAGCUGAUGAGCAAGAGGCCCAUGCUUGUGCAGAUCUGCGAGCCGAGCAUCAUUUAGAACUUGUUCACCCUAAUGACGUCCUUAAAAUUUUAAGACUUUUCCUUGAAGACAAUCAGCAAUCACGGGAAAAAUCACAGCCCAAAGUGACCACUGUGAAGGAAAGGGAUAGCUCUGAGGAUAGUGCUUACUGGGAUGCCAUGGCAAAGAUCAUACCUGACAAAAAACUGAAGAUCUGGAAUUACCUAAGCGAUGCUCUGGAAAAAUAUUACAAUGUCUUGGUCAAAAGAGCAAACCUACAUACUGAAAGAUAUGGCCUUGCUCAACAGAAUUCAGAGUUCAGGUUGUUACUUCAGCAGUACAUGCAUUCUAGGGUAAACAAUGAACUUGAAAUUCCACCAACACAACUGAUGCAGUUUAACAUUGAACAAAAUUAAGACACCAACUUUGAAGAACUUUCAGUUAUAUGUGAUUAAAACUUCUGAAAAGGAAUUGUUGAUGUUAAAUUUGUAGUUUGAGAGCUUUUUGUGGAAUGCUUUCGAUUAUACUCCAAAUUAGACAGUAUUUCCCAGGGCAACAUGAGUUGCACCUCAUUUGUGUAUUCUAAUACUUCAUAUUAAAUCAUUAAUUGCAUAGAUAACACAAAAUAAAUAUUGGUUUAUAACACAUUACACUGCACAGGUAUGAUUUCCCCACAUUAUUGAAGUUAUUUUCUUUUAUACUGUUACCAGUUCAUUUCUCUGUAACAGUUUUUUUUUGUCUAGAUUUAUGACAAAUGAUUAGAGAAGCCGGGGCUUCUGUCAGAUUGUGGUGGAAGUAGUAGAAGAAAGUGCAUUUAAUUUGGAUUUUUUCAUUACUGGGUAAUGAUUUGUGGAUGGUGAUUACAAGACAGCAAGCUAAUAGUGGACCAAGAACUUAAAACAUGAGGAUAUCCCAUUUCCGUGCACCCUGGAAAUCAAGUCUGCGUUGCCAGAUACCGUCAUCUUAUUACUUUGUGAUUCUAGACAUUUGCAAAGAACUGUAUCUUUCAGGCUUUACUUUCAUUUGUGUUAAGUUCAAAACUAAAAUUAGCUGCCACCAGCAUUUGUACAAAUGGAGUUAAAUUUCAUAGAUGGCUGUCAACACUUGCCAGGAAACUUUUUGCAACCCACCAAUGACAAUGGGUUGGAUUCUUCUACCAUUAUCCAACUUGACACGCCUGGUCAAGGGGCCCAGUGCCUUCGAAUUGUAGCCUCUGGUUACGCACAAAAUAAUAUUCUUCUGGAUGAUGUAACAGAAGCUGUUUUGCUGAAGUGUUACGUAUUUAGUUAUUUAAAUGAACCAGCACACAAGAAACCUCUCAUUGUUUUGCAUUUCUGAAAUACAUGAAUCAUGGGUGAGGCAGCAUCUGUGAAGAGGGAGAAAAGGGAAAACCUCACUGAUUAAAGUUCAUUGUUUUCACUAGAAACGCCUUGAUAAUAGAGGUUCAGUGCCCAAAUUCAAUGUAGGCUUUUUUUUGGUACUUUAUUUCAAAUUUUAAUAGUACAUUUCUUUGGAUUGUUUUCACAUCAGGAUCCAGAAGUUAAUUACACAAAAACAAAAUAGAACAUGACAGGCUUUUGUGAACAAACAAUCGUAUUUUCAUAUUUUCAUGGAUGUACACAAUGAGAAAUGUAUUAUAAAGGGAGACAAUCACCAAUUACAAAGCAGAUACAUAGAACAUUGUUCUGUAGGCAUUUUGUAUGCUAUUUUCCACAGUGCAAUCAUGCCUUGUAAAGUGCUACUUUACUUUAUCUAUUAGUUUUGAAAAUUAUAUUAAUACUCAGUGGUCUGAUAGAAAGAUAAAAGGUUUUUCUAUAUGUGACCUUGGACAUAUACGUUCAUCGCUGUUCAAAAAUGCUACAACAAAUCUCUCAAAUGUCUUCAUUUGCACCAUAUAAUGGAAUUUGUUGUUAAAAUAAAAUUUUACAUAAAAGCCAUGGAAUUUCCAAGCAAAUUACUUUGCCUACUGACAGUGGGCUGUUCGUGAAACUUGUUUUCAACAGGUCAC